UUGUCAACGGCGGGCGGUGAAGAUGGCGUCGGGCGGAGCGGCGCCGGGGUCGGAGGGAAGAGGCGCCUCGGUCCGGGAGCCGGCAGGGUCCAUCAAGCACGCCUCCUCCAUGGACACGAGGACCAUGUUCCUAGUGCUGCUGUCUGUCACCGAGGACAACGUCCGCUUCUUCCAGGAGAACCUGUCAGAGACUUCCCGCCGCUUCAUCGCUGCCUUCACCCAAAUCCAGGAGCACGGGCGCGGGCUCCAGCCCCUGAUGCUCAGCUUCUCGGCGGUCUGCGCCGACUUUGACUUUGACGAGCGGACGCCGGCCAAUGGCUACCGCAGCCUGAUGAAGGUGGUGCGCUCCUGUGUCCUCCACAUCAUCCACAAGGCCCGCUACAUCUCGGCCAACCGCCACAGCAUCUUCUUCCGCACCAGCCACAACCUGAUGGAGAUCGAGGCCUACAGCUCGGCCCUGCGGCAGCUCCGCGCCCUCCUCUACAUCGCCCAGAAACUGCUCACCACCAACAAGCUCGGUGACCUCUUCUUCAGCGAGGAGAGGGGCCUGUCCGAGGAGUUCCUCCAUGAAUCGAACUCCAUGCACAAGGGCUGCUUCUACGGACGGUGCUUGGGCUUCCAGUUUAGCCCUUCCAUCCGCCCCUUCCUCCAAACCAUCUCAAUCGGCCUGGUGUCGUUCGGAGAGAACUACAGGAGACAUGAAACCAGCUUCGUGGGUAGCUUACCACAGUAUGGCAUCGCUGCCACCUCCAUCUUCACCAGUGGGAAGUAUGCCAUCGAUCCCGAGCUGCGGGGCUCUGAGUUCGAGAGACUCACCCAGAACCUGGACGUCCAUUUCUGGAAGGCCUUCUGGAACAUCACCGAGAUGGAGAUCCUUGCCUCGUUGGUGACGCUCACCUCCACCACAGUGCGUGUGAACAAGACUCUCUCCGUCCCGCCCAACCCCUUUGAGCUGCCUCUGCUGGUGGACCCCAACCUGAUGGUGCAGAUAACGCCUCCCGUCGCUCACUCCGGACCCGGCCCCGUGCAGAUGAGACUCAUCUCCUACGAGCUACGAGACGGGCAGGAGAGCGACGAACUCAACAGCCUCUGCAAACCAGAGGCGCAGCUGAGCCUCGACAUGCGCCUGAAAAGCAAGAAGGCGCCGCGCUCCAGGUUCCUGGUCGUCCAUUUCCAUGGCGGGGGAUUCGUGGCGCAGACCUCCAAGUCACACGAGCCUUACCUGAAGAGCUGGUCCCACGAGCUGGACUCGCCGAUACUGUCCGUCGAUUACUCCCUGGCGCCUGAGGCCCCCUUCCCCCGGGCCCUGGAAGAAUGUUUCUUUGCCUAUUGCUGGGCGGUGAAGAACUGCCAUUUGUUGGGUUCGACGGGAGAGCGGAUCUGCCUGGCCGGCGACAGUGCAGGAGGGAACCUGUGCAUUACCGUCUGCAUGCAGGCUGCUUCCUACGGGGUCAGGCUGCCCGACGGGAUCAUGGUUGCCUACCCCGCCACCCUGCUCCAGGCCACCGCCUCCCCGUCACGCCUCCUGACCUUCAUCGACCCACUGCUCCCACUCAGCGUCCUCUCCAGGUGCCUGGGCGCCUACGCAGGUCUGGAGCCGGCGGACGGCUCCCCCUCCUCCUCCUCCUCCCUGGAAAAGGCGGAUCCAUUGAGCGUGGCGCGCAACGACACGGCCCCGAUCCUGCGGGAUAUCCGCCUGGGGGCGUCUGCCUGGAUCAGCUCCCUGCUUGACUCUGGCAAGGGAGGCGGCAAACCCGUGGGACUGCGGUGGUGGGCUUGUCUCAGGCGACCUCUCAACCUCUUGGUACAUCUGCUACGCCCCAGGAGCCCUGUGGUAUCUAACUGUCUACCCUCUGACGGGUUGAGGAAGAGCUGCUCGGAGGCGGCCCUCAGCAGGCCAUGUAGCAGCCACUCUUCGCUGGACUCCCAGCGCGACUACGUGAUGAGCAGGACCUGCGAGGAAGCCGAGGAGGAGACCGUCCUGGCCCCCGGCCAGGGCGAGCAGCUGCCGGCACGUGGGGGUGGGGGCAGGGACGGGGCGAGGCUGGGCUUCGAGCUGGGCCUAGAGGAGAAGGAGGAGGAGCCAAGGCCCAGGGCAUCCAAGUUCCCUGAGGGUUUCCAGCCCCUCCGCAGUGGUUCGGGAAACAUCAAGAUGCACACGUCCGCCAUCGUGAAGAACCCCUUCAUGUCACCGUUGCUGGCGCCUGACCACAUGUUGAAAGGCCUGCCAGCCGUACACCUCGUGGCCUGCGCCCUGGACCCGAUGCUGGACGACGCGGUGAUGUUUGCCAAGAGACUGCGGGGCCUGGGGCAGCCGGUGACGCUGUGCGUGGUGGAGGACCUGCCCCACGGCUUCCUGAGCCUGUCCCAGCUCUCCCGCGAGACCAAGGAGGCAUCCAAGAUCUGCGUGGCCAAGAUCCGGGAGGUGUUGCAGAGCAAGACGGUCCGGGCGCACAGGAAGCUGGAGCGGCUGGGGGCCAAGCCUCAGGUCCCGCAGCCCGUCGACCGGGAGACGGGGGCUUGAGAGAGGAAAACCCUCCCUCUCUCCCCCUCCCUCCCCCCCGCCGCAAACUCCCCCUCCGCUCAGCCGAGACGGCGCGCUCUGCAUCGCUCGCGCGGAUGGCUCUUGUGCGGAUGGGUGUCGCGCGUUCGGGUCUCGACCCCUCCUGGGUUCCGGCCGGUGGGUCUCUCUGUGGGACAGGACAGGGGUUCUCAAGUCUCCUGCACGAGGGCUGCGUGGGAUCGGCUCGCCCCGUAGCGCCAGAUGCCCCUGCUCCAGCACGAGCCACAGCACUAACACGGACCAAAGCGCGGCGCGUCCCGCCCAGCGCGGGCACGCCUGCGGCUAACCUCUGGACCUCGGGAGUCGCCGCUUCUGCACCCGUGGGUGUGGUUCUGCGUCUGAGGUGGUCUCUCUCGGUUGACGUGUGUGUCCAUUCUCCUGUGUUUGGGGCUGCGCGUGUGUGUUUGUGUUUUCCUUUUCGAGUCUAAUCUGUGUGUGUGUGUGUGUGUGUGUGUGUGUGUGUGCACGCGCGCACCAGUCUGUGUUUUCCUGUGUGAUUCUGUUUGGCUGGCCACACGUGAGUCUGUGUUCACGGCUGCGGACCUGCAUUUGCUUGAGUCUGCGUUUGUGUCUGUGAGCCUGCGUUUGUGUCUGUGAGCCUGCAUUUGCCUUGGUGAGUCUGCGUUCGGCUACGUGAGUCCGUGUUUGCCUGUUGUGGGCCUGCCUCUGCUUGAGUCUGUUUGCCCGCACGUGUCUGCGUUUGCUUGAGUCUGCGUUUGCCUGCACAAGUCUGCAUUUCUUUCUGUUCCUGUGCGCAAGUCUUUCAUUGUGUGUGUAAAUCCAUCUGAAUAUUUAAGUUUGCUUCCUUGCUUUGGAGAGUCAGUUUGUGUGUACGCAAAUCUAAUGUGCAUGUGUACACACUUAUUUCUUCAUGUACCGUGUGUCAGUGUUUCUCUGUGCAUGAGCAGCACUUUACUUUUCACUGUCUCUGUGUACGGAUGCAUCCAACCAACUCACAGCUGGUUCCCUCUGACUGUGUGUCUGCAUUUCCCCCUGCCCAUGUCCACACACUUCCUUCAUCUGCAAGUCUUGCUCCCAUGCGUCUCGUUUUCUUGAUGUGUGCGUUCCUGCAGGCGUAUGAGUCAGCGUUUCUCCCGGUGUGUGUCAGUGUGUGUGUGUGCGCAUCACUCUGUGGAUGCAGGGGCCUGACAGGUCUGUGUUUUUGUCCGUGUGUGAGUCCACCUGUGGGUGCAUGACCUCCUCAGGUGUUCAUCUGCGGAGUUCUCUUUCUAAGUGUGUGUGUGUGUGCCUGUGUCUCUGUGUGUGUGUGUGUGUGUGUGUGUGUAUCUGCAUCAUAUACCGGUAUUAGGUAUGUGUAAAAAGGCUUAAAGAAUUCUGCUGUUUGUAAUAGUACUGACUUUCAUAAUAUAUUUAUUCUGAGCUAACUGAGGCCAUUUCCUGUGUGUGUGUGUGACUGUGUGUGUGUGUGUGUGUGUGUGUGUGUGUGUGUGUUUGUGUGUCUAUGUCUGUAUGUCUGUGGUUGCCUGUGUGUAUGUGUCCAUCUCUCUGUGUGUUUGUGUGUGUGCCUGUGUGUCUAUGUGUGUGCCUGUGCCUGUGUCCAUGUGUGUGUCUCUGUGUGUGUCUGUGUCUAUGUGUGUGUGUCUCUAUGUAUGUCUGUGUAUGUGUGUCUGUGUGUGUGUCUAUGUGUGUGUGUGUGUCUAUGUGAGUAUGUGUGUGUGUGUGUGUGUGUGUGUGUGUGUGUGUGUGUGUGUGUGUGUGUGUGUGUGUGUGUGUGGAGUUUACACACUCUCCCUGUGAUCCCGUGGGUUUCCCCCGGGUGCUCCCCACAUCCCAGUGGUCCACCACCCCCUGGCCCCUCUCCUGUAUGCUCCUGAGGCCUCCAGGCAGGAAGACCCUGCCAAACCCCGCCCCUCCCCCCAAACGUCCUCCCCAUUCACCGGCAGGGCGAGCGGGUCGGUGCCGGUGUCCCGUCCCUGAAAACUUGAUCACACCCCGUCCCGUUCAACUGGGCAGGACACGUCGCUCGUCCGACACCAGAUCCCAGGUCGGACGCUCCCAUCCUGAGCUCUGCCACACAGGACGAGAUUACCGGGGCAGGCAGAGGGGAGAGCUUCGAGGAGGAGCUUGGAGAUCGUUCAAGAAACGCAACAUUCCUCCCACUGUCCCACCACCACUCCGAGUGGAGGGAGGGAGGGUCCAGGGUGCGAGGGAGAACCUGAAGACCACGUGUCCCGACCGCCCACAGGCCCCCGCACGUGGCGGAAAGAGCGCACCCCUCCCCCACAAACUACCUCCUGCCCCAUAUGUGGAAGGGUCAGAGAUUCCCACUUCAUCAGCUCCCCCCCCACCCCACUGAACCUGAGUGGGAGCAGGUCACCCUCAAUCCCGAGGGAUUGGCCAAGGAGAAAUUAAUUGUGGUGGGAAAAUGGACAGGGAAUAAUGGGAGUAACAUCCCAGUAAAAGCUGAGGGUGGGUUGGCUGUAGGUUAACCUAUCACUUUGCCCCAUUUAUACAUCAACCUGUAUCAGCAAACCAGCAGUGGCAGAGCAUAUAAAGGCAGAACGUACAAAGGCAGAACGUGUAAAGGCAGAACGUAUAAAGGCAGAAUGUAUAAAGGCAGAACGUAUAAAGACAGAAUGUAUAAAGAAAUAGAGAAUAUGGGUCAAGAUUUGGAAUGGAUAGUUUGCUGGCCAGUAGGAGACAGAGAGAAAGAGUAGGUAUCACACCAGUGCAGGGGAAGAGUUGGCACUGAGUGAACAGCAAUGGGUCACCUCAAUAAAUCUGCAGAGCAGAACAUGUGAUUAUCAGUUGAAUUUCAGCACCCCUCAGUGUGUGCGACAUCUGGGUAAGAGAAAGGUCACCCAUCACUCCGAGAAUAAAAUCCUCGCUGAGGUAUCGAGCUGUGGGACCUCUGCUUAUAGAUACGCCGGUUACUGGGACCAAGGUUAAUGAGGCCACGAACAAAUAAAACUAAUGCUUAUUCCCAGAGGGAGAGGAAUUGAAAAAUGCCGAGGGUCAUUUGAAACUUAUUGGGGCUUGGUUUAAAACUUGGCUUAUUGCUUGGGCUUUUGUGAAAGAGUCUUUGGCAAAGGAGCAAAAGGAAGGUCCUCUCUGCCCUCGGUGGGGGAAGAAGAUGUCUCUGAACUAUUGAGAGGUUUUAAUGGACAAUGAUUCCAAUCGCUGUGAUAAUGAAAGCCACAGGCAGGAAUUGCAGAUGUCAAGAAAUCCAAACUCUGCUCCAGACAGCUCGUUGUCACAAGGAUUAAUAGGCAAAUUGGUUUAUUAUUGUCACAUGUACCAAGGUACAGUGAAAAACUUUGU